GUCCAUAGUCCAGAGUGGAACUUUGCUUUGCCCUUGGAGGGAGCAGGGAGGAGCUGUAGGGCCUGCUGGCCUGGUCACCUGCGUGUCCACCUCCACUCCUCUUAUCCCGCUGCUGCUGAAGUUCACUCCUAGGCUCAGACUUUUCAGAAAAGAAGAUGGACCAGCCUAGUGGGAGAAGUUUCAUGCAAGUAUUGUGUGAAAAAUACAGUCCUGAAAACUUCCCUUACCGCCGUGGCCCUGGGGUAGGAGUCCAUGUCCCAGCCACUCCCCAGGGCUCGCCUAUGAAAGAUCGCCUCAACCUCCCGAGCGUGCUCGUGUUGAACAGCUGCGGGAUUACCUGCGCGGGAGAUGAAAGAGAAAUCGCAGCCUUCUGUGCUCACGUGUCGGAACUCGAUCUCUCUGACAACAAGCUCCAAGACUGGCAUGAGGUCAGUAAGAUUGUGUCAAAUGUUCCUCAGCUGGAGUUUCUAAACCUGAGUUCCAAUCCUCUGAGUCUGUCAGUUCUAGAAAGAACAUGUGCUGGGUCCUUCUCUGGGGUUCGCAAACUUGUCCUCAACAACAGCAAAGCAUCAUGGGAAACAGUGCACACCAUACUGCAGGAGUUGCCAGAGUUGGAGGAGCUCUUCCUGUGCCUUAAUGACUAUGAAACAGUGUCUUGUCCUUCUGUCUGCUGUCAUUCCCUCAAGCUCCUACACAUCACAGACAACAACCUCCAAGACUGGACUGAAAUCCGAAAGCUGGGUGUAAUGUUUCCUUCACUGGAUACCCUGGUCCUGGCCAACAAUCACUUGAAUGCUAUCGAGGAGCCUGCUGACUCCCUGGCUAGGUUGUUCCCUAAUCUGCGGUCCAUCAGCCUCCACAAGUCAGGUUUGCAGUCCUGGGAAGACAUUGACAAACUAAAUUCAUUCCCCAAGCUUGAAGAAGUGAGAUUGCUAGGAAUUCCUCUUCUACAGCCGUAUACCACCGAGGAGCGCAGGAAAUUGGUGGUGGCCAGAUUGCCCUCUGUUUCCAAACUCAAUGGCAGUGUUGUGACGGAUGGUGAGCGAGAGGAUUCCGAGAGGUUCUUCAUCCGGUACUACGUGGAUGUCCCACAGGAGGAAGUGCCGUUCAGGUAUCAUGAGCUCAUUACAAAAUAUGGGAAAUUGGAGCCUUUGGCAGAAGUGGACCUAAGACCCCAGAGCAGUGCAAAAGUAGAAGUUCACUUCAAUGACCAAGUGGAGGAAAUGAGCAUCCGCCUGGACCAGACAGUAGCCGAACUGAAGAAACAGCUAAAGACCCUGGUGCAGUUGCCCACCAGCAGCAUGCUUCUCUACUACUUUGACCACGAGGCCCCGUUUGGCCCUGAAGAGAUGAAGUACAGCUCCCGGGCACUGCACUCCUUUGGCAUUAGGGAUGGAGAUAAAAUUUUUGUGGAAUCGAAAACAAAAUAACCUCGACCAGCCUUGUAAAAACUCACAUAAGGACUUCCUGCAGGGUGUUUGUUUCCAGCGUGCUUUUCUUUAGGAGGAAGGACAUUUCCAUUUUGUUUUGGGUUUUGUUUAGCUUUGGAGGGGUUUUGUAUAUUUUCUUCCCCUAGAAUGGAUAGGUUUUUGGUAUUUUCUACCACAGAUUUUUUCAGAUCAGUUAGCAGACAUGGCUGCAUCUCCAGUCUUUAUGUGAGAGCAUGCCUGUCUCCCUCUCCCCCUCCCCCUCCCUCUUCCCCCUCUCUCUCUCCCCUACCCCCCAAAGAUGACAGAAACCACCGACUUCUUACUGUGUCAUUGGGAUUUGUCAGCCACUGGGCUCUUUCCUGCUAAGCCCAAAGACAAUGUGGUCCCUCAGAGGGGUGAUGCAGUGUUCACAUCCAGAGAUGGGGUCCUCCUAGGGAGGGAUGGGAUCCUCCUAGGGAGGGAUGGGGGUCCUCCUAGGGAGGGAUGGGGGUCCUCCUAGGGAGGGAUGGGGGUUCUCCUAGGAAGGGCCUUCUCUGGCUCUUCCUUCCCUGCCCCUUCUCCUCCUCCUUUCCAUUUGGGGGUCCUGGGUCUGGUUUUCAUUCUGACUUGUACCCACUUACCUGGUAGUUUUAUUCUGUUCAUAAUUUAACUUGGUUUGGUUGUUGUUGUUGUGUCUGUUUUCCCCCUCUCAUUCCCAGUUUUAAAUGGCUCUGAGUAUUUUAAGCAUUUCCAGCCUGAUUCUGAUCUCAGGAACUCAGUUAGAUUUUAAAGAGAAGUAGAUGGAGUAUUAACCCUGGGAAACUUGCUGCUCUCCUGGAAGCCUGGGCUGGGCAUUUUAACCGCUCCAGCACUGCUGCGCCCCAGAAGCCCCUCCAGGGUUAGAUCAGCUGUCACUCCCGUUACCUGGCACUCGUCCUGUUCUAGGGGUGUUUUCUUAAUGUUCAAUGAAUGUAUUUCCUGACAGCUUUAUGGCAUAGCUAUUGGAAAUAAAGGAAAAGUUGUAGAUAUUCACUCCUUAGCAGAACAUGGGCUGAGAAGCUGGCCAGGAGUGUGAAGGAAGUGGUGGGACUGGGGAGAACACUUGCAGGCUUUCCACCUGUGCGGCAUCCUUCUGAGGGAAGCCGUGCCCUCGGCUCUCUAAUGGGAGAGAUUUAAUCACAGGGAGCUGAGUCCCACCUUUUUCUUGGGACUUUGUGAUGAUGUGUCUGAACAGCUCUUUUUGUUUUGUAUUUUAUGUCCCAGUGGAAUGAUUUUUGCCUAAUCUGUGAGUGAACUUUCAGUGUCACACCCCCCCCAGGGUGUGUUUUUGCAGGGGUGUGUGUGUAUAAAGCACUUGACCUUUGACACGGCCCCUCACCUACUCUCCUAUUCUGAAAUCUUUUUCUUUGGCCUCCCAUUCUUUGUUAAUCUGGAUGGUUCCUUGCUGUUUCUAUUUUGUUCUGUUCUAGUUUUUGUUUUGUUCUGGCUUUUAGCAUUUGUUAUGUGAUCCCACCCCUCCUCCAAACUGUACUUUGGAGUAAACUCUUUAGGUGACCCAUGUGACCUCUUCACGGAUGGGGAGAUGGAUUCUCUAAGUUCCCUCCUCCGCCACGUGGCAGGCGUUUGCUCUCUUGCCACCGCACUUCAGGUUCAGCAUCUCUAAGGCUGCAGGCCCGAAUUCACUGCAGCACUAAGGGUGAAAGCCAAAGGGUUUAGAAAGAUGAGCGAAGCCAGUUCUCCUGCUGCAGACUUUGUCUCAGAAUCCUUAAAAAAAAAAAAAAAUGAGCAGUGGGGAUCAGGCCAGUAUAGACGAGGACAGUUAUUUUGCAAUUGCAUUUUCUUGACAGAUUUUUGGAAAUAGAAAAAAAAGAGUGUGGCAGCCGUGUCCCGAGGAUGAAGACUGGCUGCUUUGUGUAUGUGCGUGUGUGCGAGUGCGGAGGAAUUUGCAAGAGAAACUGUAAUGGAGACGCUGCUUUGUCAGCCUGGGAAACAGUUGCACUCUUAUUUUUGAACUUUGGAGCCACUAAUGUCCCACGGCAGAAGGCAGAGUGAGCGCUUACGCUUUGGUCACAAUGAGAUAUUUUCUAUAUGACAGAGUUUUCUGAGAGGCUUUUUUACUCUUUGGAACUCGCAUCUUCUGUCAUUACUCAACAGUGUUUCUCUGCUGCAGGCCUAAGCCUUUCUUACAGUUGCACGGAAAAGGGGUCUCAUCUGACCCAACCCGCGUAGGCAUUUCCAGGGCAUUGUCAUUGGUGGUUUGAAUAAUUGCCGAAUCUUUUCCAAUUAAGAAAAUCUUAAGUACAAUCCUUGGCCUUUUAGAGUUAACCGCAGUAAAUGAGGAAGCCGUUUGCGCAUGCGUCUUUCCAGACUCACUUGGGUGGCUGAGGAAAGAAGCUGGUUUUGAAAUAAAAUCGGUGCUGUGUAGACAUUUAUAACCAAAAUUAUUUUUAUAACAGACCCAGAAGGAGGAGAGAAAAGACCGUGGACCUUUGAGCCUGCAUGUUAUCCGUCGUGCUUGUCUGUAUGUAACAUUGAUUUCAUCAGAUUGAGUGGAAGCACAUGGUUGACAGUUAGGAGGCGAAAAGCUGCCUUCACUGGUAUACAGAGCGUGCCUUGGGCACGGCAGGGAGAACAUGCCUUUCUAAAGCAGAAAGUCUUUUCAGUUGUGGGGAAGGAAAGGAGUAACACGAGAGAGCCAAACCUAAGCCCAGGGUCCUCCCGUGGGCAGAGCUGCUGAAGCUGUGCUCCAGAGGGAUCUCUUAGUUUGGAUUGUUGAGAUACCCUGGAUGGUUUUAAAUCGGGGGAGUCCACAGUUGCCUGUGUCUGCAGCCCAUUGCCAUAAAUGCACAAGACAGCAGCAGAGCUGAACGCCCCUUGUUCUUAGAGACCCUCUGGUAAAAAUGAAGCCAUGUAGCAGAGGGCUGCAGUGCUACCCUGAGAAAAAGAAGGAGCUGUGUGAGGGAACGAAGAGCAGAUGCAGUUCCAACUGGGAUUUUCAGCCACGUCACCCCACCUGCCCUGCUGGGAGCAGAGAACACUUGGUUGUGCAGUAUUGGGAGCCUUGCCACCAAUAGCUUUUCCUAACACAUGUGAGUGUGGUUUUCCCUCUGCACUGUAGCUUAGGCCCUGGGCAAGUAGGGCGAGGCUCCAGAAUGCUCUGUAGUUUGUAUGUACUGUAAUUUCUGUUUAUGAAUUUCACUUUUCCUUUCAUUUCAUGUAAGACUAAAAUGCAAACAAACUGCUUUCAAGAAUGCCCAGAAGCUCUGUGUCCCCAACUGUUGUUGUGAAUUCUACCAUUUCUCAUAGGUGCUUCCUUAAAAUGUAUGUUUAUUCUAGUGACCGAGAGGGGACUGGACUCUCAGGCCCUUUACAGUUGUCUCCUGCAGUUAAUGGAAAUAUAAAUAUAUAUAUAUAUUUUAUUUUAGAAUAUAAUUUAAACAUGAAGGUCUAUUCUUUGCACUUUUUAUUAAUAUAUAGAGAGAGAGAAUCUUUAAAAAAAAUUAAAAUACAAGUCCAUUUA